AUGGAACCCCUCAUAACCGUUGUCGGAGCCACAGGCACCGGAAAGUCCAAUCUCGCAGUGGACCUAGCCAAGCGCUUCAAUGGCGAAAUUAUCAACGGCGAUGCGAUGCAACUAUACCGCGGCCUGCCCAUAAUCACCAACAAGAUUUCUGUCGAGGAGAGGCAAGACGUGCCACACCAUCUGAUCGAUUUCGUGGACCUGGAAGAGGAGACAUGGCGCAUAAGCAGGUUCAGGAACGAAUGUCUACGACUCAUUAAAGACAUACACGCUCGCGGAAAAAUUCCGAUUCUCGUUGGUGGAACGUCAUAUUACGUACAAGGUGUUUUAUUCCAUGAUGGUCUGGUCGACAAGGGAACGGAAGAUUCUGAUCAAACGUCGGACCAAGAAUGCGGCGGUCACCAGGAGGGCUCAUCAUCUGCCAGGUCGAAAGACUGGGCUAUUCUUGACGCUCCGGCAGAGGUCAUGUUGGCCAAACUACGCGAGGUUGACCCUAUCAUGGCGGGGCGUUGGCACGUCAACGAAGCACGAAAGAUCCGCAGGUCGUUGGAGAUAUACCUCAAGACCGGACGGCCUGCGUCGGAGAUCUAUGCAGAGCAACAGCGCCAACGACAGGCCACCAUCGAUCAUGUCGAAGGCGCAGUUACCGGCCAGUUGCGAUACCCAACACUGGUUUUCUGGAUGCACGCAGAACGAGAGAAACUUUACACGAGGCUGGAAACUCGAGUGGAGAAAAUGGUAGAGCAGGGCCUGAUCCCAGAGGCGCAGUCCUUGUCGGAGUACCUGAGGGACAAGGAAUCCCAAGGUCUCCAUGUAGACCGCACUCGAGGCAUUUGGGUAUCUAUAGGGUUUAAAGAAAUGGAGCCUUAUUUCAACAUGUUGCGCGCGGGUAAUUCUAGCGAUGAACAAAUAGAAGCGCUGAAGCGAGCUUGCAUAGAGUCUGUAAAGACUUCCACCAGACAAUACUCCUCCAAGCAGACAAGAUGGAUACGUCUCAAGCUUUGGACCGCGCUGGCAGACGUGAGUGCAACUGAUCGACUUUACGUUCUUGACGCAACAGAUCCCAGUGCUUGGGACUCUUGCAUAACGGAACCGACGGAGCGCAUCGUGCAAGAAUUCCUGAGCAACGGCAAUCUUCCCAAGCCCGAAUCACUUUCAGUUCUCGCUCAAACGACGCUCGAAGAGAGAACGAAGACAUACAAAAAGGAGAACCAGACUGAUUUCACCGUAAAGCAGAUCGCAUGCGAGCCAUGUGGCAAAAUGCUGAUGGGUCAGGAACAGUGGGAUCUUCAUGUUCGGGGAUCUGCCCAUCGGCGCACAAUCAAAAGUAUCGCCAAAAGAGCGCAGGCACAAGAAUAUCUGCGCAGUCGGGCAUCUGCAGAGGUGCCUGAGGAAACGGCCCCAGCUGAUGAAACACGAGGACUGGCGUAA